GAACAACCAUCAUGUCUUUUUCAAUGUUUUCACAUGCGACCACUCAAUACCUCCAUUACCAAUACAAAAUGAGCCUUGUGAACUUGGAUUACAUUUAUAUAUGUGACUGUGACAUGAUACCAUAACUUACUUCUCUAGCUCUAGGCCAUGGCUGAUUCUUUUGAGGAUGAGUGUGAUUACCUCUUUAAGGCUGUCCUAAUCGGAGACUCGGCCGUCGGGAAAUCGAAUCUUCUGUCGAGGUUUGCCCGGGAUGAAUUUCUCUUGGACUCAAAACCAACCAUCGGUGUCGAAUUCGCUUACCGGAAUAUUAAGGUGGGUGAUAAGAUUGUCAAGGCACAGAUAUGGGACACUGCAGGACAAGAAAGAUUUAGAGCCAUAACAAGUUCAUACUACCGUGGGGCAUUGGGGGCCUUACUAGUUUACGACAUAACUCGUAGGGCAACAUUUGAGAAUCUGAAGAAAUGGUUGCAUGAGCUGAGAGAGUUUGGCAGUCCAGACAUGGUGAUUGUUCUUGUCGGCAACAAAUCGGAUUUGAGUCAAUCCAGACAGGUUGCUAUAGAAGAUGGCCAAAGCCUAGCACAGCUUGAAGGCCUGUGUUUCAUGGAAACAUCUGCCAAAGAGAAUCUGAAUGUGGAAGAGGCUUAUCUUCAGAUGAUUACAAGAAUUCAUGAAAUCACAAGCCAAAAGUGUCUGGAAGCGAAGAGUACUAAUAGUAAUGGUCAAAAUUCUUCUUCUUCAACAGUACUACACGGCGGAAAACUGAUCAUCAACGUUGAUGAAGUUUCUGCUACUAAACAAAUAAGUUGUUGUUCAACCUGAAUUGAUUAGUAUCGAGAGCUAAUUGUCUGAUUUUUUUUUUAGUAUAUAUACCUACUCGCAUCAAUCUCUAAGUUUUUGAUAUGUAUAUCCAAAUUUUCAGUUUUGAGACUCAGCUAGAAAUUUAUUUUACAGGUAUGAAUUUUGAUGUGUUGAAGGUAAGUCCA